AUGAUGAUUCUGAUGAUCAAACUCUUGCUGAUGUUUUGGAAAAGAGCAAAAGAGAAGCACGCCAGAAUUCAGUGUAGUCGUCGUGGAUCCAGUGAGCAAAAGGAUAAUGCAAAGCGGUGCCAACCGGAUUUAUCUCCGAAAUCUCCUGGAAGUGUAAGAAGAGGUUCAGGAAUUCGAAGAAGGGGCAAACGCUGUAGGGGCAGACCCAGAAAGAUUAGUUUCAGUGGUGCUUCCUCCUUGAGUGCCUCGAAAGCUGUCCAAGAAGAUAACGUCGACAUUGCUGAGCGUUUUGAAAACGUUACACCAAUAAGUGCACCGACGAUUCGUUUGGCGCCUGCACGCCCGCGAUCCUCUGCGACGGUAAGGUUAUAG